UAUAUACGUGCUCAUUGGCCCGGUCGAACCUCGUUCACCGGGCGUGCGUGCUUCGAGGCCAAUCCCUCAUGUUUCCCAAAAGCUGAAGGAAAGAAUCCUAGUGAAUUGGUCUGUAAACAGAGGGCGACCAAUAAGACUAGCUUACGCACUCAGGCUUUCCGGACUCCAAAACUCAAAUGGCAGCAAUGGUAAUUGAAUCCAGAUGGGAACUCUAUACGCUUCUACUUGAAUCUCCAUCCUUUCUUGUCAUUCUCGAAGCAUCAAUGGAUCUUGAUCAAAAGAUAGAGGCCCUUUCUUCUAAGACCCUAUUCUUCCCUUCUGAAGAAGAAAAGAGGAAAAGGAAGACAUUUGGUUUAACCAUUAGCACAGCUUUUCACCCCAGAUCUUUCCAUCUAUUUAGUGCAAAGCUCUCCAACUUCUGUGUCAAUCCUAACACACAGCCAAUUAAAGCCGAUUUCCACCUUUCCGCCUCCUUCGCACUCUGGUUUCAAUCGUGCGAUCUUGACUCCCUCAUUCACUGUAGGUGGGACAAACGUCAGUGCACAAUCUGCAGAUCGAAUCCUGAAAAAUUUAAAGAGAUCAGCCCAGCUACCAGAUCAACAAUGGAGGUCGAAGAGUUUUCAAUCUCCAGUUCUUCUUCUCCAUCACCUCGAUUUUGCUCUUCAAAUUGAGUAGACGAUGACGGUCUCGUAGUAUCCUUCGAUUCUAGAGUCAAAGGCUUCCCAGUUUUGCGCUGCUUCUUCCUCGCCAUGAGAACGGCGUAAAGUAAAUUAGCAAAACGAGCUAAUCAUGCGCCGAGAGAAAAGGCUCGUAACUACCUCAAUUAUGUAGCAUAAUUUUGAUUAAAGCUUUUUGUUUUUUCAUCUUCCACCAGGCGAAAACCUCACUGUGUUGAAGUCCCCGGUGACCAACCAUGGUCCUGGAAUGCGUUUAGACACUUCCUUUAGCUGCUCUCAAAGACAUCUCCUCUCAGAUAGUUGGUUUGAGGCCUUUUAUACCGCUAUUCCUGACCUUAUAAAGGAAUAAAGGAAUAGAGUAAGGGGGAAUUGUUUGAGUGUUAUAAUCUUUCGAACUGGAGAAAGAAAAUCUUUCUCAAUUCUUUUGUCCCAGCAGCUACAAGAUAAAAGAUCUCUGUAUCUCGUUAAUGUCAUAGUUAUAUUAUAGAUCAGCAAAAUUCUGCCGUUCCCGGCUUCAUUCUCUACAGU